AUGUCUUCCGAAAAUGAAUUUUACGUGUGGGUAGCGGUGGUUGGAACUAUCAUUAUCAUGCGUUUGGCGGCGCGAGUUCUCCAGUUGGGGUCGCCCAAGCGGCUCCAGUGGGAGGAUGCGAUCAUGGUCGGGGUAUUGGUGGCUUUCUGUAUCAUGACCGCAGGAUUGGUCACUGUUGGGAGACUGGGAGCCAACGAAAUCCCACUGGGAACGCCUCUAGAUGAAAUCGGCCCACCGUCAAUCGCAGACCGAGUGCUGGGUAGCAAGUGGGUGAUUAUCACGGAGCAGAUGUUUCUAGCGACAGUCUGGGGUAGCAAGGCUUGCUUGUUGCUGUUGUACAAAAGCAUCACAACAGGGUUAGAGCUCCAUCGCCGCCUUGUGCUGAUUAUCAGCGUCAUCACCGCGUUCUCCUACCUGUUGAUCCAGAUCUGUUUCUUUGUAGUUUGGUGUCGUCCUUUUCACCACUACUGGGCGAUCCCAGCAACAUCCAUGAACUGCUCCGUCUAUACGGAUCAUCUGAUUCUGGUUUUGUCAGCCAACGUCACCACCGAUUUGCUGAUGAUGGGUAUUCCGCUCCCGCUUCUCAUCCAAGCGCGACUCUCGAUCUGGAAAAAGGUUACGCUGUGCGGCAUUUUCUCGCUUGGUAUUUUCGUGAUUUUCUGCGGCUGCUUGUCUAAAUACUACAGUUUGCACCAUCCCUAUGGUGCCCAGUGGAUUGCUUGGUACGUGCGAGAAGCCGGCACCGCGGUUCUUGUCGCAAACAUCCCACAAUGUUGGCCCCUCGUCCGUCGCCUACUCAACGCCCGUGAUUUCCUAUCGCGCAGCGGCAAAACCAGUGCCAAUGCCUACGCCUACGCCUACCCUAAUGGAAGCACCUUUCCGAUGUCGAACCUUCGCACGGAGCGCAGCCAGUUGCGCAGCGGUAUCGAUCGGACGGAGAGUCAAGAACACAUCAGAAGCGAUCCGUUGCAAAUCUGGGAACACAAACAAUUCUAUAUUUCUGAAACCUCGGAAACGGCUCAUGCUGGCUCGACGUCAAGUGCCAGUCACAGUCCCGCAGCCCUUGCUGUGUCAGAUUAA